GCUCCCUCCAGUGGUUAGUUCACGUUCAUCGUUUAUUUCUGCAGGAACAGUUUGUAGUAAGGACUUUACCCCUGAACUUGGAUACAUAUAAAAGUAUUAGUCUCUGCAGUACGUUAGAUUGUAGGCCAUAUAUAUCCCCAACAGCACAAACUCGACGGCUUUCACAAAACUACUGCUAUAUUCCAUUCGGUUCGCAUUUAUGAACUACGCUACUACAUUUCUACGUACUCUGGCUGUUCGGCGUAAGUUACAAACUCUUAGCAUGUCUUCGGCGGUUCAUGAAAACGUGAAGAAUUAUUAUGGCUCUCGGCUGGAGACUUCAGAUGACUUACAGACCAACGCUGCGUGUUCCAUGCCCUCCAGACCUCUGCUCAAGAGCGCAUGUGAGGCCCUGAAACAAGUCCACCCAGAUGUUUGCAAGAGGUAUUUUGGCUGUGGGCUGGUGAUUCCAGAGAAGCUGGAAGGAUGUGCGGUUCUUGAUUUGGGCAGUGGAUCAGGCAGAGACUGCUACGUCCUCAGCAAACUGGUGGGGGAGAGAGGUCAAGUAACUGGGCUGGAUAUGACUGAUGAGAUGAUAGUUGCCUCGCAAAAAUAUGUCCAGUACCAUCAGGAGGAGUUUGGAUACUCAAAACCAAACACGGUGUUUGUAAAAGGAUACAUGGAGAAGCUCAGUGAUGCAGGGAUACAGAACAACUCUUUGGAUGUAGUUGUGUCAAAUUGUGUGAUAUGUCUGUGCCCAGAUAAGAAGACUGUGAUAAGUGAAGCUUACAAAGUUCUGAAGGAGGGUGGAGAGUUGUACUAUAGUGACAUGUAUGCAAGCAAAGUAGUUCCAGACUCUUUCAAAGAAGAUCCAGUUCUGUGGGGUGAGGGAAUGGCCGGCGCCCUCUACUGGCAGGAUCUCAUCACUCUGAUGAAGGACAUAGGCUUCAGCACUCCACACCUGGUUGCAGGCAGUCACAUUGUGGUUCACAACCCAGAACUUCAAAGAAAGACUGGUGAUGUGAAAUAUGCAUCUGGAACUUACCGGAUCUUUAAACUACCUCAAAGCUCCAUCAAGACCAAAGCACUCGUGACCUACAAAGGCACCGUGCCAGACUGUGCUGAAUGUUUUGAGUUUGAUGCCUCUCAUUCCUUUAAGACCAGUGUCCCAGUGGAGGUGGGUGCAGAGAUGGCUGCUAUCCUCCAGAAAACCCGUUUUUCUACUGACUUCAAUAUUUCAAUCUUAGACACUCCAGAUCCAAAGCAGAGCAGUACUCCACAGUAUUGCCACCUUAGCCCGUUCCUUCUUGCGGAUAAACUGGGCUCCUCAGUCAAACAGUGCUCGAAGACCGGACACUAAGCUGGAUAUAUAAAAACAAUCACUGCCUCUGGUGUCAUUUCCUUGAUGCAUGUUUACCAAGAAGAAAACAGUGUCAGUGAUGUACAUUCUUGCGAUGACAUACUGUAUGAAACAUGAUAUGUAGUAUAACAUUUCUGUAAAAGAAUAUUUUUAUUGUGCAUAAUUUCAAGCUGUAAUUUUGCACAAAAAGUGUGAACAUUUAAUCCUCUAUAUAUAUAUAUAUAUAUAUAUAUAUAUAUAUAUAUGUACUGUAUAUAUGUUUAAAAUGUAAUGUCCACCAUGGGUUUAUUUAAAAUACUUCAUUUGAAAUGCAGUGGAAAUUACAUUUUAGAAACAAAAAAUACAACAUUGUUGGACAGAUUAAAAAAAAAAAUCAUAUAAAUUUAAAGCAAGUUUAUUUUUUGUAUCAGAAAUGCCCAGUAGUUGAAGAAAUACGCUACAUUUAUAAGCAACAUGACAUUUAUGCAUAUUAUUAGAAGAUAUAGAAUUUACUUCACUUUUUGAUUUCCCUUAGUCCUAAAAAUCAUGUGAUAUUUUCCAUGGCAGGAUGUAGACAGAUCAGUCACUUUCCCUGAAGUCUCUUGAGAAAGCUUUGCCAGUAAUAGGAAUUUCAUCAUACUUUUUUCCUCAUACCUUAUAUUACAAAGCCAGCUUUAAAUGCAUGAGUAAGAUGAAAUUGAAUUAUGUGUAAUCUCAGUGUACUUGUCUACUGGUUUAUAUAGCCUGUAAGUUUGCCCGUUGGUUUAACUAGGAAAAGGUCCUGAUUUAAGAAUAUCAUUGGACUGUAGGUGGCGCCAAAAUCCCCAGCGUGUUCUCAAUGUAACUCUUCUUGCUAUGUCAUUGUAUUUUUAUGGUUUUGCAGCUUGCAGUGCAGAACCAAUAUGAUUAGACAAUGAUAACGACAUAACGCAGUCAUAAUUCAGUAAAAUGAACAGGCAAAUUACCUGCACAACAAUUCAUUCCAAGAAAUCAAUGAGCAUUUUCUGAAUCUCAUUUAUAGUAAUUUACUCCGAGACUUAAUUUGCUAAUAAAAGAAUAAAGAAAAAUGGUCAUAAUGAUGCAAAUUA